AUGCCUCGGCGGCGAACGAUGCUCCCUGACAGGCCGGAGCGGCAGUCCAGGCAGGAUUUUGAGCUGUGCAAGGUCGUCUUUGGCGCAGCAGUCAGCCAGAUUCUGUACAGCAGGCGCGCGUUUCCGCCGGAGUGUUUUCAACUGUUGCCAUUGCAGCAAGUCGUGUCCAGGUCAUUCGAGGACAUCGUAACCUCCGGUUCCGGCAUCCAGCUUUACGACAUCGAAUUACUGAGGGACCAGGAGAACACCGUGUUCUUGCGACAGGGGACGGCCUAUGGCGUCUGCCGGUUUCUCGGUAUUCUGAGGGAAGACAUCUUUCCUCUCAUCCAGAACCAGGGUCUCGUUAAGUUCCGCAUCAGCUACCUUAAAAACCAGACGUGGGGAGGGGAUUGCUUGGCGGAAUACUACACUGUCGUGUUCAAAUACGAGCACGAUGGCCGCUAUAUCCUGGAUGUCUGGAGAGCGGGGACCGGAAGGCAGCACAUCGCGACCACUGAUCGCCAGCUGUGGAACCUGGGAGACUAUCUAAGCCGACUCACCUCGCGGACAGGUCAGGACGCCUCGCACGGCCGUCUUCCCAUCUCCAUGCUUACCAUUACAGAUUUCACGCACUGGACAUUGGCUUUCCAUGCCACUGAGCGGCCUGACGACCCUCCUAUUGGUGUCUGGAGAUUCGAUCGCUCGGCCUUUGACGACGCCAAUCUCAAGCUACAGCAGCGAGACGGAUACUCGUAUGCCAGGAUUGUGCGAUUCGAGAUCAUGCCCCAGCCCUUGACCGAUACCGAAGAGGAGGUUGUCCGGUCCAGUCCGGAAUUCGAGUUUGACUCCCCUUGGCGACCAGACACGCAACUGGCGAAGCCAAACACAACAGACGCCAGCAAGCACGCAAAGAAGAAGAGAGGGACACAGAACCCAAAGCCAAAGAACAAUACGAAAAGCACCUCCAGAAACCUCAGGACAGGAGAAGGACAACUGUCUCCGCCACUCACGCUUGCUUCCAGCAGGAAUGCCUCCCAGAAAACGACUAUGGACAACAAUCGGGGUGGCAGUAUUAAGUCUGACAGCAGUAACGAGCAAAUCUUACACGUCGCCGAGGGCGCUGGCAGGUUAGCUGCAAAACAGAGGACCGUCCCGAAGAGGAAGGCCAAGAAGCCCAUGCAAAUAUUCGAAGACGGGGAUGCAAGCUUGGUCAUGGAACGAGGGAGCCGGGGCCCGAGUCAGAAACUAUCCCCUGCGAUUGGAGGCCAGCUGGCAGUGCAGGACGAUGAGAGCGGGAUGACAAGAAUGGGAUGCUCCACAUCAUAUAUCCCGCGUUCGCCUUCGCCGAACCCGCUGAAGCUCCUCGAAGGUAUCUCCCUGUCGCCGGACGGCGUUUCCACCAUCCCCGACUCGCCACAGCUUGGUCUUCCAUUGCUUCGACCACCGGUGCAAAGUGCCAGCCUCGGAGCAAGCCAACAACCCUCGAACGAUGUUCUUCAGGCAUCACCUCUGCCGAGCAUGUCACCUGAUCCUUGUGAAGCCCUUCAAAGGCUUAGUCAGGGGGAAUUCCACGCCUUACCACCGUCGAACCUGUUUGAUGUCGACCUCAGCGAUGACGAAGCAAACAUGGAGACAGCUUUUGAAACGGAGCCGCAGAAUCCCUCUUGCACGUCAGUCGGGGCCGGGGAGGACUCAAACACCAAGUAUGACUUUUCACCGAAUACGGUUGCUCGCCGGACUUUGCUCUUCCAUGGUAUCCCGGAGAGCAGCGACAGUGAGCUGUGA